AUGUCCAUGGAGAGAUCUCUCAACGCAUCACACCAAAAGGUGUACAAAAUUCUGAGCGAUGCUUUUGACUUCGCCAACGACGAUCAGAGGCUUUGGUGGCAUAGCACAGCGCCUAUGUUCGCUGAGAUGCUACAGGUCGCGAAUUACGACGUACAUGCUCAAUAUCGACACCUGACUAUCUACAAGAAGCAUGUAAUACCAUUCCUAGGUGUCUAUCCCCCAAAUGACCGGGACCGCUGGCUAAGCAUUCUCACUCGCUAUGGUACACCAUUUGAACUAAGCCUCAACUGUUCGGACUCGAUUGUCCGGUAUACCUUCGAACCUAUCAACUCUGAAACAGGCACAGAGGCCGAUCCUUUCAAUUCUAGCGCCAUCAUGCAGAGUCUCCACCAGCUAAAGACCGUCCAUCCGGAGAUUGACCUCGAGUACUUUGACCACUUCAAGCGGGAGUUAACUCUCAAUGUGCAGGAAUCCACUUCCCUACAUGGUAAUCCCUUGACGGGAGUUGAUAUCUGGACCCAAAACAAGUUAGCUCUGGACUUGAAGGGUGACAAAUUUUCCGUCAAGACAUACAUUUACCCGACACUAAAAGGGAUCGUAACGGGGAAACCCGUACAGGAAUUGAUUUUUAGCUCUGUUCGGAAGCUAGCCGAGAAGCAUACGAAUCUCGCCCCAUCCCUGGCAAUGCUGGAAGAAUAUGUCGAAGCCCGCGGUCCGCAUAGUUCAGACGGCGCACGCCUUCUAUCUUGUGAUCUGGUUGGUUCUGCCAAGUCGCGCAUCAAGAUCUACCUUCUGGAACAGGUUGUAUCUCUGCCUGCAAUAAAGGACCUCUGGACACUGGGCGGACGGCGAAAUGACCCGGUCACUCUCGCCGGGUUCGACAUGAUCGAAGAAUUGUGGGAUCUACUUCAGAUCCCUGAAGGUGUACGGUCAUAUCCCCAAGGAUACCUCCCAAUAGGAGCGAGCCCCGACGAAUUGUUACCGGGCAUGGCAAACUAUACCCUUUUGCCCAACAAACGCAUACCGGAGCCUCAGGUGUACUUUUGCGUAUUUGGAAUGAACGACAUGGCCGUGGCAGACGCGCUAACGACGUUCUUCGCACGCCGGGGGUGGAAUGAUAUGGCUGGGAAGUACAAGGACAGCCUCAAAGCAUACUACCCAGAGGAAGAUCACGCCUCGAUGAACUAUCUUCAUGCGUACAUCUCGUUUUCCUACCGCAAGAACAGGCCGUACCUCGGCGUAUACCUCCAGAGCUUUGAGACCGGUAGUUGGUCCACCGGUGAGUUUUCCUUUUUUCUGAAGCCGAUUCAGGGCGGUCAUACUCUUUCGGGUGCUAAUGCAUACUUUUUUUCAGCUCGUCGUCGUUAUGGACUAUCCGAAGCUGUCUCUUUUCCCCUAUUUGAGUCGAGCGACUAG